CGUAAGAAACCAGGUAGAAAACCCAACCCAGAUUCACCCGCUUUACGCAAAGCACAAAACAGAGCUGCGCAACGUGCUUUUCGAGAACGCAAAGAACGUCAUUUAAGAGAUCUGGAAGCGACUAUUCGUAACUUGCGUGAAGAACGCAAUGCAGCCACACGUGAACUCGAAAGCAUAAAACGUCAGAUGGAAGGUUACAAGACAGAGAAUUGGUACUUGAAAGGACUUGUCUUGACAUUUCAAUUUUUGUGUUGCAUUAGUCGAGUGCAUGUGCCUCCACAUGCACCUUAUUUAUCUGAAGAAGCAUUAAAAGAGUUUGCUCAAACAGCUCCUGAUGCUGUUGAGGCCUAUGUAAGUGCGUAUGCAAAGAACAAUAAGGAUAUCAAGACUACCGUGUUACAAAGAAUAUACCAAGAACAAGAAGAAGAAGAAACACCCCUUAAAGAACAACCUAAGCCAUCGCCCUUGGAAACACAAGAUACCCCUCCCAACACUAAUAUCAACAGUAGCAUGGACGCUAUUCAAUACAUUCGGUCCAAGCUAAACAUAGAUCCUGAACAAGACGCAUCUGUAGAAGUACUACGGCCCACUAUCUUACAACUGGCUAUUCCACAUGAUCCUCGUAUUGCUUUGAUUCCUGUACCUCACCUAAGAGACCGUAUGAUUCUCUUUCGUAAUCUGAUGGAUAACGAUCGUUGCUUUUCCAUCUUAUUGAAUGGAUCUGUUUAUCAUGGUGGAGAUCCUACCUUGGCUGCAAAUUGGGAAUUACCUGAUGAACUGUUUAGCGAAUUCUGGUAUUUGACCAUCAAUUAUGAUGUUAGCAAGACAAACAAAUGGAGGAGACUGAAAGGAUUGCCUGACUUGUCUGUCGAUGUUCAGCAG